UAAUUAAUUGGGUUCUUUGCAGGUAUAUAUGGUGCUGGUUGUCUCAUUACGGAAGGAUGCCGUGGAGAGGGAGGCAUUCUCAUUAACAGUCAAGGCGAAAGGUUCAUGGAGCGAUAUGCCCCGGUUGCAAAGGACCUGGCGUCCAGAGACGUUGUGUCUCGGUCCAUGACUCUGGAAAUCCGUGAAGGAAGAGGCUGUGGCCCUGAGAAAGAUCACGUCUACCUGCAGUUGCACCACCUACCCCCCGAGCAGCUGGCCAUACGCCUGCCUGGCAUUUCGGAGACGGCCAUGAUCUUCGCAGGCGUGGAUGUCACCAAGGAGCCGAUCCCUGUCCUUCCCACUGUGCAUUAUAAUAUGGGUGGUAUUCCCACCAACUACAAGGGGCAGGUCCUGAGGCACGUGAACGGCCAGGAUCAGAUCGUGCCCGGCCUAUAUGCCUGUGGGGAGGCCGCCUGCGCCUCGGUGCACGGUGCCAACCGUCUCGGGGCAAACUCGCUCUUGGACCUGGUCGUCUUUGGCCGGGCGUGUGCUCUGAGUAUUGCAGAGUCCUGCAGACCUGGAGAUAAAGUUCCCCCAAUUAAACCAAAUGCUGGGGAAGAGUCCGUCAUGAAUCUUGACAAAUUGAGAUUUGCUGAUGGAAGCAUGAGAACAUCAGAACUACGACUCAGCAUGCAGAAGUCGAUGCAAAAUCAUGCUGCAGUGUUCCGGGUGGGAAGUGUGUUACAGGAAGGGUGUGAGAAAGUCAGCCAGCUGUAUGGAGACCUAAAACACCUGAAGACGUUUGACCGAGGAAUGGUCUGGAACACCGACCUGGUGGAGACCCUGGAGCUGCAGAACCUGAUGCUCUGUGCACUUCAGACCAUUUACGGAGCAGAGGCCCGGAAGGAGUCUCGUGGUGCUCAUGCCAGGGAAGAUUACAGGGAGCGGAUUGAUGAGUAUGAUUACUCCAAGCCCAUCCAGGGGCAGCAGAAGAAGCCAUUUGAGGAGCACUGGAGGAAGCACACCCUUUCCUAUGUGGAUGUCAAGACUGGGAAGGUUUCGUUGCAAUACAGACCAGUGAUCGACAAAACUUUAAAUGAGGCUGACUGUGCCACAGUCCCUCCAGCCAUUCGCUCCUACUGAUGAGACCAGAGUUGACCAGCUUUUGUAAUUAUGUAUAAUAGUUCAUACGUGUGUUCAUAUCAUAAUUAUCUUUUUAAAAUCCUGUACUCAAGUGAAUAAGGAGUGCCAUUUGAAUAGAUCAUCUACCUGGUGGCCAGAAGCUUGCCAGUAAUCAACAGCCAGGAAGUGUGAAUGAAGCUUAUCUUUAUCCUUUGCUUCAUUCUUGUGAAAUAGUAAAACUGGGCAUGAUUCUUAAAUAAAACAUAAAUUACAAACUUCUAUUUCCAAGUCCAUUGAAGAGCUUAUAGUGUUUGAUUUGAGGCGUGUUCGUUGACCUAAAACAUCGAAAUCCAGAAAUUUUGUCAUAUAUAUUAAGUAAAAAUGAACUUUGGUGUUGACAGCAUAUGAAUAAAACAAACAUUUCCUUCUUGUUCUCAGUAAGUAAAUGGUUUAAUAUGUGAA